UGUCUAAGUAAGAUUGUAAUUGAAGGAGAACAAUUUUUUCCAAGAGUUUAGACAGAAAUGGAAGCUUAGAAAUAGGUCUAAAAUUGGAGAGGACUGAGGUAUCUAGGUAUAGAAUAUGUGUAUAAAUGGUGUAAGAGGGAGUGAGAGUUAAUCAGCUGGGUAAUUUUCAUACUGUCCCUGCAGAUGUGUCCACAAUGAGCACAGUGACUGUACAUAGUGGAGGGUCUGUCACCAUCCCAUGUUUCUAUGACAAGAUGUAUCAACAUCAUGAAAAAUACUGGUGCAAAGGAAGUGAUUGGAGUUCAUGUACUCCCAAAGUACGCACUAAUCGCCCAAAGAUAAGUGGUGAAGUGUCAAUCAGAGAUGAUCCUAACCAGCGAUUCUUCACUGUGACCAUGAACAAUCUGAAAACUGUGGACUCUGAUGACUACUGGUGUGCUGUGGAGAUCAGCAGAGGUUCAGCUGUGGGAAGACGGGUUUACCUGUCAGUCACUGAGGGUGUGUCCACAUUGAGCACGGUAACUGUACAGAGAGGAGGAUCUGUCACCAUCCCAUGUGCCUAUGAUGAUGGAUAUAAAACACAUGUGAAAUACUGGUGCAAAGGGAGUGACUGGAGUUCAUGUGCUGCCAUAGUACGCACUGACUCUCCACACGAGGGUAAAGUGUCAGUAAGAGAUGAUCCUGACCAGCAAGUCUUCACUGUGACCAUGAACAAUCUGACAGAUGGGGACUCUGGUUCCUACUGGUGUGGUGUGGAGAUCAGCAAAGGUUCAGCUGUGGGAAAACGGGUUUCCCUGUCAGUCCCUGAGGGUAAGAUGUCUGGAUUAAUUGUUACUAAAGAUGAUGAUGAAGGAGGGAAUAAUGAAAAACAGAGCUCCUUGGUCCAGCUGGCUCUGUAUGUAGGACUGGGAUUAUUUGUGCUGCUGUUGAUCAUUAUCAUCAUCACAUGGAAAGUGUGGGACAUACGCAAGAAAAAAAGGGCCAUGGACCAAAAUCCUGGAAGUACAGAAUUAUCAGUGUCCUCUAGAUGUUCUUCUCACCAUUCUGCUGUAAGGUCAGCCAACAAUGUGGUCUACAGCUCAUUCACCAUGAAGCACAUAGAGUAGGGGGCAGUAACACAGAGCUGCUCUUCAGCAUGACAGCUGUGAGGGACACACAGAUACUGCAGUGAUGGGGAGGGAUAAUCAUCAGAGAGGAGCAUCUUACCGUGAUGUGAGCUGUAUUUAAAUGGCAUGCAGCACUGUCACAUUACAGUGUGACAGUAAGAGUCAGCUGAUGUGAAACAUAUUCAUGGCUGUUGUGCAUUUGAACAAUGAUCAAUGUGCUAUUUGCCUCACUUGUGCUUUGCUCUGGACAAAAUGGAAUAAAUGUAUUUUCUUGGCGUUCUGUAAAUUGCUGCUUUUCAUUCGUACAAAUGGAAAAAAUAUCAAUGGCUAUCCUAUUUGAUUAGUAUAACAUAAAAUAUCUGUUACCACAAUAUACAUUAUUUUGAUGUAUUUCCCAGUGUCUGUUUGUCUCUUGUGUAUAAACAGUAUGUACCAGUCGGGGUUUACAGAGUUCUAUGGGACUCUGGCUUUAAUUUUACUCUCUUCUUGCGCACUUCACUGCCCCCUGCUGGACAGCUUCACUGUUUCACUGCCUCCCUGCUCUCCUCUGACUGUGGGAUUAAAAGCUACCCUGUUGCUGUUAUAUUAUGUAUCAGUAUGUAUCUGACUUGCACAGUAUUUGUUUCAUACAUAACAUUAAUAAAAAUGCCUUUCAUCAAGCCUG